UUUUUCGCGUGAGAACUCUCAAAAACUUCAAUAAUGGGUCGCAAGUACAAGCCACGAUUAAUCCCUGAACAGGAUCGUCGUAUCUGCGGAAGUAUCUGCCUCUGUCAGUUUACCAUCGUCAUAAGUUGCGUCGCUCUGGUUUACCUCAGUGUUGCAAUCUACAUGCCAUCGCACAGGGCUUUUAACGCGGGUAUAGAACCGGAUCCGGUAAUGUGUCAAACGGUGAAUACAACUCUGGUGAAUUACUGUGCCUGGGCCAGCUGCGGCGAAUGGUGUCUGACAAAGACGACUGGUUUUUGUCCCCAAAUUCACGCCACCGUAAGGAGGAACGGAACCAACGCCGUUUUCCAAAACUGUACCAGAACCUCCAGCAUCUCUUGUCCGCAGGUAAACACGGCGAACCUGAAGCGAUACAACUGUAACAACGGUAGCGAAUGCGGCUCGCUUUCCGGUGUGUUCAAUUGCAGUUUGGGCCACUGUGCAAACAUGAGCGAGCUGAUGCUCUGCCACCACAAGGCUGACGGGAUCCUGGUCGACAGCGAGAAGGACAACAUGAAGUUGAACGGCUUCUUCAGCUGCCAACACUCCCGGUGCACCAAAAUCAAAAAGCCAUUCUCCUGCGACAGGUACUGCCCGAAAAUAACUACCGUUGGUGUCAACGUCUUCCUCAUGCAGGACGACAACCUCUUCACGGCCCGCUGCUCCAGCGCCAAAGCCCUCAAUCGAGCCAACGGCAAUUUGCCAGGCACCGUGCUCGAGGAACCCGUUAAAUUCUGGGACGAGGACAGUGGCUCGAUCAUCGCCAGUUGCCUGACCGUCACGAAGCAAGGGGAUGCUAUCAGGACCGAGGACUGCGUGAACGGGUCUCUGAUCGACGAGGAGAAGAUCCCUCAUCCCUACGUGAACUUCACCACCUUCCUGGACAUCUACGAGGCGAACCUUGGUCGCCAAGUCGAUCCUGAGGACUCUUAUGUUCCCUCCCAGAGAUCGUUGACCAUCUACAACAGCUCGAGGCUCUACAUAAAUUUGGAAGGGUGCGUGAACACGCUGAGAGGAGAGUGUCGGGAUUUUUUACUGACCAAUGGGAGGGACGGUGACAACAAAACUGCCCAGAGCAGGUACCCCUGCUACUAUAACAAGAACGACUCGUUCUUCGUGGUGGCGCGUUUCGACCUGGAUAAAACUCGGACGGAACUUCUUAUCGCGAUAAUAGUGCCCUCGAUAUUCUUCGUCGUCAGUCUGACCACCUUAGUGAUAAUAACAAGGUCGGUUAGGGUGGGUGACGACGCCAAGAUGCGAUGCAGGUACUGCACGAAGGCCCAGGACAAGGAGAGCGAGGACGAGGGUCUGGUCGAGGGGACGCCAGGAUCUCCGGAUGGAUUCGAAAAUGAGAAUGAAAUCCGGGCUCUGGCUCUUUAGCAGAGUAAAUCGAGUCCCCAGGGCCUUCCGGCUGUUUACGAACGGUUGCCGCUAGUCGACCUCGAGACUGAAGACUCCUUUUGAG